CGGGGGCAGCGACGGCGGCGUGAGGCGCCGCAGCGGCCGGGGAGCGCCCGCCCCAGGAGCAUGCGGCGGCAGGAGGAGGAGUGAGGAGCAGCGGCGGCGGCUCCCCCGCGCCUCUCCUCCUUCCCCCUCGCUCGGGUUUCGCUCUCGCGGGCGGCGGCGGGACUCCGGCAGGAAAAUGGAGCCGUUCCCCAGCGAUCGAGUUCAGUUGCCAAGGAAUAUGAUUGAAAACAGCAUGUUUGAAGAAGAGCCUGAUGUGGUUGAUUUGGCAAAAGAGCCUUGCUUACAUCCCCUGGAGCCCGAUGAAGUGGAGUAUGAACCAAGGAGCUCCCGGCUCUUGGUGCGUGGUCUUGGAGAGCAUGAAAUGGAUGAUGAGGAAGAAGAUUAUGAAUCAUCAGCAAAAUUGCUGGGCAUGUCCUUCAUGAACAGAAGCUCUGGUCUCCGGAAUAACAUGACUGGCUAUAGACAAAGUCCAGGUGGAUCGUGCUCAGUGCCCUCUACGAGGACCAUGGUGGUUUGCACAGUUCUUCUGGUGAUUGCAGUUUCAGUAAUAAUGGUGAUUUAUCUUCUUCCCAAAUGUGCCUUUACCAAAGAAGGAUGCUAUAAAAAAAAUCAUACAAUGGAACUAAUAUACCCUUUGGCAACUAAUGGAAAGCUAUUUCCAUGGGCAAAAGUUAGACUUCCUACUGAUGUUGUACCACUGCAUUAUGAUCUUGUCUUGCAGCCAAACCUAACCACUCUGAAAUUUGCAGGUUCUGUAAAGAUAGUGGUUAAUGUCAUCCAGGUAACUUGGAAGAUUGUGCUUCACAGCUCAGGACUUAAUAUCACCAAGGCAACUAUUACUUCAGCAGGAGGGAGUCAAGCAAAGCCAGUUGAAUUCCUGGAAUAUCCACUGCAUGACCAGAUUGCAAUCAUGGCUCCUGAAGCUCUCCUUGUAGGACAGAAUUACACCCUCAACAUAGAGUAUUCGUCUAAUUUAUCAGAUACCUACUAUGGGUUUUACAAAAUUUCUUACAAGGAUGAGAAAUCUAAGCAAAGGUGGUUUGCAGCAACUCAGUUUGAGCCUCUGGCAGCAAGGUCUGCUUUUCCAUGCUUUGAUGAACCAGCAUUUAAAGCUACGUUUCUAAUCAAGAUCAAGAGAGACGAGCAACUUUCUACCUUGUCAAAUAUGCCAAAGAAAGCCACUACUCCUGUGACAAAUGGAAUUGUGCAAGAUGAGUUUUUUGUGAGUUUAAAGAUGAGCACCUACUUGGUAGCCUUCAUUGUUGCAGACUUGAAAAACAUCAGCAAAGAAACUAAUGGGACUCUGGUAUCUAUCUAUGCCAUACCGCAGCAUCUAAACCAGGUUGGGUAUGCUUUAAACACGACAGUGAAGCUUCUGGAAUUUUAUCAGAAGUACUUUUUAAUAAAUUAUCCUCUUGAAAAAAUAGAUCUGGUAGCUAUCCCUGAUUUUCAGUCAGGUGCUAUGGAAAACUGGGGCUUGAUCACCUUCCGAGAAACGGCUCUCUUGUAUGACAACAAAACCUCUUCAGCAAGGGAUAAAAAGCGAAUAACUGCAGUGAUAGCUCAUGAGCUGGCACAUCAGUGGUUCGGCAAUCUAGUAACUAUGGAGUGGUGGAACGAUCUUUGGCUGAGUGAGGGAUUUGCUACUUUCAUGGAGUACUUUGCCAUGGAGGAGAUUUUUCCGGAAUUACAUUCAGAUGAAGAUUUCUUAAAUCUAAUUUUUAAGGCUAUGAUGAAGGAUUCCUUGAACUCUUCACAUCCAAUGUCGUCUGCUGUUCAGUCUUCGCAACAGAUUGAAGAGAUGUUUGAUGCACUUUCUUAUAUAAAGGGUGCUUCACUUCUGUUGAUGCUGAAGCACUAUCUCACUAAGGAUGUUUUCCAAGCUGGCGUUGAGAUAUAUCUGCAUAAUCACAGCUACAGAUCCACCAAGAGUGAUGACUUGUGGGACAGCAUGAAUGAGAUUACCAAUGGAACAUUAGAUGUAAAAGAGUUAAUGAAAUCAUGGAUCCUGCAUAAAGGAUUUCCUUUAGUGACUGUUGUUCGAAAAGCAAAGAACAUUUCAGUACAACAGGAGAAAUUUUUGUAUCGUGUGGAGCCAGAAAAUUGGACAUCAGAUGCAAGUUAUCUAUGGCAUAUUCCUCUCACCUACAUAACUAGUAACUGCAACUUUACCCAUUGUACAAAUGCAUAUUUACUGGACCAAAAGUCAGCUGUCAUUGAACUUCCAGAAGAGGUGGAAUGGAUAAAGUUCAAUGUGGAAAUGAGUGGUUAUUACAUAGUACACUAUACUGAAGACUGGAAAACGCUUAUUGAUCUGCUGAAAAAAAAUCAUACUGUUCUGAGCUCUAAGGACAGAGUCAAUUUGAUCAACAAUAUCUUCAGCCUUGCAGGUUUAGGAAAGGAGUCUCUGAAAAUGGCCUUUGAGCUGAUCGAUUACCUUGAGAGAGAGAGCAGCACUGCACCACUCACUCAAGCUUUGUUUCAGAUGAGUCUUAUUUACAACCUCUUAGAGAAAAAGGGUGAACAAAUACUGGCAGCACGAGUAAUGCAUAGAAUAGAAAGUCUGUUUGGAAAUAAAAUUGACCAACAAACUUGGACUGAUGAUGGGACCCUGUCUGAACGAGAGUUGCGGUCAACACUGCUGGCUUUUGCCUGCACUCAUAAUAUAAGCAACUGUAGAACAACUGCCAAUGAGAUGUUUAAGAAGUGGAUGAUUUCUAAUGGCACAAUGAGUGUGCCUAGUGAUGUUAUGAAAGCUGUAUUUGUGGCUGGAGCCAAAACUAAUGAUGGCUGGGAAUUCCUCUUAAAGAUGUACUCCUCUUCAGUAUCAGAAGCAGAAAAGAACAAAAUGAUUGAAGCUUUGGCCAGCACAGAUGAUGUCAGAAGGCUGAUCUGGUUAAUGCAAAACAGCCUUGAGGGUGAAGUCAUCAGGACACAGGAGCUUUCACAUAUCAUAGCAACUGUUAGCCAGAGUUUGCCUGGAUAUUUGCUGGCCUGGGACUUUGUUAAAGAGAACUGGGAAAAGCUUACACGAAAGUUUCACCUAGGCUCAUACACUAUCCAGAAUAUUGUUAGUUGGUCAACUUGUCAGUUUUCAACAAAGGCACAUCUACUUGAGGUGAAGACAUUUUUUGAGUCAAGAUCAGAGGAGAGCUCUCAACUGCGUUGUGUAAAAGAGGCAAUUGAUAAAAUUCAGUUCAAUAUCCAGUGGAUGGAAAGGAACUUAGCAAAACUACAAGAAUGGCUGUAGUGAAUGAAUAUAAUACUAUGUUUUUUCAGCCAUUCAGUAAAUUUGUGGACUGUUGCUCUGUUACUUUUGCAAAAGCCAGGGUGAAACCAGGCAUCGCUGCAACAUUGUUUGCACUAUUAGGGAGUCUAGAUAGCUCAGGGCACAUCUCACGUAAGUUUUGUUUUUCCUUGGAGCAUUUAUGGGCAGGAUGUAAGUAUUUAUUCUGAAACUGUUUUCAUCUAUAGACCAAACAUCUGCAUAAAUGAUUAUAUAUAAUUUUGUUUGCAAUGUAUGCCCUUUCAUCUGGAGUCAUGUUCUAAUUUUUCAACAGUAGGUAAAUACUGACAGGCAGGAAAAGAUUUACCAUGCGAAUUGUUUGUUCUUUGCAGACUGAUGGAUGAGCAGUAGGGUUUUUAACACAAAAAAAUGUAAGUAGUUUUCAUGUUUGUAGAUACAAUAGCUGUUGUGAAACAAAAUCAUACUUCAGAUAUGUAAGUAUUAAUGGAUCUCAUAAGAUACACCAGUUUGAGAGGAAAUAAAUAAGUUUCAGAUUUGCUUCAAAUCUUGAUUUUUGCUUUUCAAGUUGUUCUCUAGAAUUUACCCAAAUCAUAAGAAAGAGUAGCAUAAUGUUCUAAUAAUAUGCACUUUCAUCUCUAAAGUGGCUGAGUAUUAAUAUUACAUAUGUAAAAGCAAAAAGCUAAACAGCAAAAGCAAAUAUUUUAGAGAUGAGAGUUCCAGAAGCACCUAUGUAACUGUGAAAUUUUUCUCUGAAUUCAUUAGACAUUUUUGAGAAUCUUGUCUUUAAUUAUUAGGUUUUAAUUAAUGAUGCUUUAUUAAUCUCUUUGAGCAACAGCAGGAGUUUGCUAUGGGAAGUUGCUCCAGGCUGGUUCCUUUGUUAGAUUGACUACUGAUUUGUCCACUCUUGACUACUGAAUUUUAAUUUCAUCACUUGUUGCAGAGAGCCUGCAAUUAGUAGAUUUAGGUAAGCCUUUGCUUUUCCCCCUGUUACCUCCCAUUUCACUAGCAUAAUUUUGUGUGCAUUGCUUAUUUUGUAUAACAUAGUAUUAGGAAAGCUUAUCAUUUAGAUUUUAAUGGUAUAUUCUUCUACUGUUGUGAAAAAAACAAAGGAGUAGUCUUCAAAUUGUUCUAAGGAAACAGAUCUAAAACCAGAAAUGCCACAUUAAAGAGGCAAAAUACCUACAGUACCACCUGCCCCUCUUGUCUGAAAGAGUUAACAAGGCCAUUUAUGAAGCAUAGCAUAUACAAAAAACCUGUGCAAGAAUAAGCAUACCUAUUUAUCUGAAGAUCUCAUUUUUGUAAUGUUCAUUUCACUACAGAUGCACAUGUUGUAGAUUUAUGCACACAUUCAAACCUAUUUUACCUUACCACAGUUCAAUUAUGCGAUCAGUUUUAAACUAGUAUAAACAGCUGCCAAUUAAAAGUUGAGCUUUUCAAAUUUGUUAAGUUUAAUUCCAACCAGUGUAAAUUCUGAAGAAGGCAGUAAUUUGAAUCAAAGUUAAAUUGUUAGGCUUAAAAUUUGCCAGAUAGUAACUUAAACUGUGAAAUUUCACUUACGGAACUGCAGCAUUUGCUAUUCAUUUGGUUAGCAAAAAUUGUCAGCUAUGAUCACUUAAGACAUGCCAUACUAUUCCCCUCUUUUCUGAAUAUCUGUCAGAAGCCCUGGGAAACAGAAAUUUGUCACCAGCUUUGAUUUCGAUGACUUCGACACAAAGUCAUCAGAAAGAAUGUUAGACUUUAAGAGUGCGCAAAAUACUUGUUUGCCAAAAAGGUCCAGAAACGAACACGUUUUGCAUGCACUGAAGGUGGAAUUGGCUAUGUAAGUGCUAAAAGUAGAUCAUACUUUCUUAACAGUUACGGAAUUAGAGUUUUAGUUAACUUUGUUCUUGGAUUAUUUGUACCAACUGCCAUGUGUUGGGCUUUUUUCUUCCUUUUUUUAACCUUGAACUCUCUGCAGAACUGUCUUUGUUCCAUGCUUGUGUGUGUACAUAGUUUUCAUGUAUUUUUCUUUACAGUCACUUCAUACUAAAUGACAGUAGUAAACUUGCACUUUCCUUACACAUGGUUUAUCUCAUCCCUGCCUGCUAUACUGAGAUAUAUAAAUUUCAGAAACAGACUAGAGAAAGAACUCAUCCUCCUCUUGUUUACAACUGUGGGAUUUAAAAAUGUACCAUUUUGUUCAAAAGCUUUAUUUGGUAAUGAGUUCUCUGCAAGGAAGUAACAUAUAGAUGAGUUUUAGACAGCAGAUACUGAAAAUGUGGGGAAAGUUGGGAGGUUUGGGUGUGUGUUUUGUUGUUGUUUAGCUUUUUUGUUUUGUUUUUUUUUUGUUUGCUUUUAAUACAGUAACUUUUAAGUAACUUUUUUGGUAUAUGAAUGAUGUCAUAGUCUUUUCAGUAACAGUUGUAGAGGGCUUUUUAACUAUUCUUCUGCCAUGGAAUCUCUGAACUUCUAAUUAUCUGUAUUAAGAGUUAUGUUGGAGUCUUUCUUCCAUGAGAAAUGCUUAAAUAUACUCCUCCAUUUCUGAAUUCAUUACAAACUAGGAAGAUUGGAAUGGCUAAGGCCAUUGCACUUUAGAUAAAUGUUUGUCAUGCUUUAACUGGGAAGGAAUGAAAUCUCACCAAUUUUUUUAGGUUUUCUGUCUUCCAGUCAGAAGAAAAUCUAUAUUGUAGCCAACAGCACCUCUUUACAUAAUUUCUGUAGUGUUUUCUAGUUAAAACUUACAGAACCAGAGUCUGUGUACGUCCUAGGCCACUGUUACUUUAAAGCAGAAGAGCUUUCCUGUAAAAAGCUUUGGGUUUAAAUGCCGUUAGCUUUGUAUCAUCUGCUGCAAUGUGAGAUGAUUUUUGGUUAAUAAAUUGGAGCUAUAUAGUUUAUAUUCAGUCAGACUGCAUAAAUUACUGUCUUCAAAACCGUUACGCACUGGUUGUCUUGCUGCUGUCCAGCACCAUCUGCUUAUAAAUAAACCACUUGCAAUUUUUAAGAACUGACUGUGGUGAUAAAUAUACAUGUAAUAGCUCAUCUGUUUUCCACUUCUAUGCAACUUUUUCACUUUCCUAUGUGAAAUUAGCCUACCAGAAAAAAUGUAAGGAAGUCAUUGAGUUCUGAGUUUUGUCUCUAGAAAAAGGAACGAUCUCUCCACCAACUCACCUUUGAUUUUUAUUAAGAGAAGUAAGAAGUGCAGAUAAUUUAUGAUGUGUUCUCAGCUUGCAUGAGACUUCUGAGACAUGGGAAGAUGGUAGCAUGGGGAGUGAAGGAGUUUAGAAUAGGUUAAGUGUUUCUGUGUAAACUGACUGUAGCUAUGUACAGACUGGACCAAUGUAUCAAGGUCAUUGUGCCUUAUGACUUAUAAUUAAAGUCGUAUGGCAGUAGAUAUGCUAGAAUAUGCAUCCUACUUUGCUGCAGGAACCAACUGAGGUUUUGUUCUUAAAUUGACAAGUUUAACAUUUCUAGCCCAAAGAUGUUUUUUGUUAGAGGCUGGAGACUUCAUGUCUCAGAGCAUGCAAAAUUGUUCACUUCCCUGCUAAUGGGAAAGCAGAAGAGGGUUGCUAAUGGGACUUUCUUGUCAUACAAACAGUUUCAUGUGUAUGUGAAUCUGUGUUGAUGGAUGGGGCAUGGCAGAAGGAGAAUACUGAGCAACGUUGGCUUUCCUUGCUUCCUAUAAAUGUGAUGUAAACUGUACUUCAGCAUAGAUCUUCCAAUUACUGAACUACUGAAGCAAGACUGUGUAAGCUUUCCUGAAAUGUUGCAGUUCCUCCCAGGCACUGCAUUGCUGUCAAGCUGAUUCUUUUUAAAUUAAUAUUGAAAAUUUCCCCUUACCACAUCUCUCCGAGAUUGGCAAUGUGCUGGUUUCUUAGAGACCUUGUUUGGGCUGUUGACUGUAAUAUAUUGUUAUCUGAUUUAGCAGUUAAAAGGCAUAGGAAGAUGCUGCUUGCCGUAAAAGUAACAACUUCAGAGAUCUUGCAGCAUCUAAGAUGGUUGAUUUUGAACAACGUACAUUGUAAGAAUGAGCUACAAGAUACCUAAUCUUGGAAUUAAUUAUUUUCUUCUUGGUGGCCAAGUACUAUAGAAAGUUUUUUUUGUUUGUUUGUUUUUGUUUGUUUGUUUGUUUGUAGAGGGUGAUGGAUGUUGGAGGGUGCAAAUACUACUUUGUGACUCCAUGUCUUUCACCUGUUUACUGCUUGGUGGAACAUUCCUUUUUCUGACAAAUUGGAUCCUCCUUCCUUUGCUUUGCUAGAAGAUGUUAUCUUUCAUUGCACUCUGAAGUUUAACAUAGUGCUGCUUCAGUAACCAUUCUCACUUAUAUGUACUUGAUUCAUUCAGUCAUAUACAUUUUUUCCCGCAUGUUCCUAAAUCGUGUGUCACAUAGUCCAGUUGAUUCGCCGCAUGAUAGAUGUUUUGCAUUUAAAAUAAAGUGCUUGUGUAAACUUAUUUUAAUAGUAAUUCUAUUUAUGUUUAUCACUUUUAUCAAGAUGCUACUAAAUGUUCAAAGAUUUUUUUUGUUACUUUUUUAAAACAUGGUUUCACAUGAUUUCUAGAAAAAAAUAUAAUGAAGACAUUUACCACAUUUAAACUCUCAGGUCAUAUUACUGAAGAAUUUAAAUCUCUAGUUUUGCUAUUUUACUUAAACCUGCUGCUGUUGUAGAAAUACAGACUUUUAUAUGUGAGUAUUUAGCUUUGAUCAAGAUUGAGAGACGGGCAUCUUUUUUGAAUUAGUUGUGGUGGUAUUUAACAAAUUACUGUAAAAUCUAAAAUAUCUAGUUUUAUAAAAAAUAUACUAGCUUGAAUGGAUUAAAAUAUGGUCUAAUUUGAACUGAAUUCUUAAAGAUGAAGUAAAGAUUUUCUAUCCUAAAAAUUGGAGAACAGAGUAGUUUGAAUAUAUAGUGUAAAAUAAAUAAAUUUUUGCAGUGAGGAAUGAGCCCUGUCUUAGUUAAGUGUAGUUGAAGUUCGGUAUCCCUAAAGAAAACCUUAGAAGUUAAUUUGGAAAUGUUACAUAUUGUAGGUACUUGUAAAAGGUCACGCUUUGCAUUUUAAACACUGUAGAAAUAUUCAAGACAGUGUAAAUUUACAUGUAUUCGAGUGGUGGGUGGUAAAAUUCCAGGCUGUACAAUACUUGCUUUUAGGGGGAGGGGUUUUGAAUAUUGUUUGUGUGUGUACAUAGCUAUAUAAAUAUAUAUGUGUAUAUAUAUAGUAUGCAAAUGUGUCCAUUUGACUUGUAAAGGGAGAAAAAGCUUAUUUUCUUUAUAUUUCAGAGAAAUAUAACCAGCACUGAUUUGAAAGGCAUGUGUACUGUAAACACUGUUGCUUUUUGUGAGAUGGAAAUAAAGUAUUUAAAUAUAAA